AUGGGUAUUAAUUUCCCUGACAUCAGGUAUGUUGUACAUUAUGGUCCCCCACAAAAUGUAGAGGACUUCCUUCAAGAAGUUGGACGGGGUGGUCGUGAUGGAAAAUCUGCCAUGGCUAUUCUCUUCUUCCGAGGAAAGCAUCUCAGAAAAUGUGACACAUCCAUAAAUAAUUAUGCCAAUGGUGAUAACGUUGAAUGUCUGCGAACCCAUAUUUUAUCAGAGUUUUGUCAGAUUAAACAUGAUUCU